AUGCAUAGGAAUGGACUCCCUACUAUCCUUGAGGCUCGUGAUUCCAUCCCUACAACACCCAAACAUGUUGGAGUUAAACGCUCGCGCUCUGAACCCCCAACUCCGAGUCCAACCAAAUCAGGCAUACUCUCAGAUGACGAGGAAGGCCCCAACACAGAAGGACAUGCCCCUCGCAAAAAAAAACUUAUGAGGCUCUACCUCUCAUCUCCCAAUAGCAGACCAUAUCAUUCACCACUGUGCACAGCACCCGAAUAUCUUGAAGUACUCAACAAGCGAAAGACACCUGAAUCCCCUGAGCCCCCAAGUUGA